AUGAAAGUCUUAAUAUUAUUUAUGGUUAUUCUAACAUGUAUCUUUUUUGUUAAUUCUUUACCAGCUGGAACAAUGUUUCUUAUAUGUCCAAAUGGUGAAGGUGCAAUUAAUUGUAAGGAAGUCAAAUGCUGUACAUCAGAUAAGAACAUUUGUUGUCUUGAUGAAUCAAUUCUCAAAGAAGCAAUACAAAUAGGAUGUGGAAGUAUUUAUCCAAAGGGUCAUCCAUUGGGAUGUUAA